UUUUGGUCCUCAAUUCGGCGGCGCCAGAGACAUCGAUCAUGUUGCUGUCUUCAUUUCUCCUCGUCUGGCCAAUAUUGAGCACGUCUUACAUCACAAUACGAUCAGAAGACUGGUUACUAUCUUGCUUGUGCUGUCUGCCAUCGAUACUCCCUUCUAUAGCUAGCUGGCUUUGACGCAAUCCAACCAUGACAACCAAGGGCGCGAGAAGAACUGCAUGGCUGUUGCUGCUAGCUCUGGUCCUUCAGCUCGCCAUCACCGAGUGCCGAGAGAGAAAUGUUCGGGGAAUGCCCAAGGGAGUCCCGAUACGCUCAGAAGGUCGGCAGAGGGCCCUGAUGAACAUGAUGUCAGACACAUACUCAGACUCCGCAGAAGACGAGAGCAAGGGCAAAGGCAAAGGCAAAAGCGAGGCCAAAACCGUGAAGACAAGCAAAGAAAAGAAAGGUGUCAUGGGCAAAGGAAAAAGUGCCACAUCCGAAACCACCAAAAGCAAAGCUAAAAGUGAUAAGGGUGGAACAGGAGGAAUGAAAAUGAAGGGGAAGAAGGUCAAGAAGACAAAAGACAACGGAAUGAUGAAGAUGAUUGACCGUACAAUGAAGAUGGGUAAAUACCAAAGCGACGCUUACGAGGAGCCAGAAGACGAGGACAUGCUUGAAGAAGGAUCCCCUGAUGCAGAUGUUAUGGGCAUUGAAGAGACAUCUCCCGAUAUGCCGACAGCAGCACCCACUCCGACACCCGGCGCCAUCACCGUGAAUACUACCAUUGUGUACUUCCUGGGCGAAGACAGGCGAAGACUCCAAGAGGCAGACGAGGCGCUGCUGUAUCCCAAGGAAGACGAACUUGAUCGGUUGAUCAAUAACACGUUUGACUUCUAUGCGGGAGUCUACAUUGAAGAGUUUGGAGAUUCUCUCAAGGAUAUUAUCCCCACUGCUGUUUUCACUGAUGGUGGAGGUGAGGGGUUCUUUGUUCUGAACUAUGAAGCUGUUCUCCUAUUCUUCCCCGUACCACCCACCGAUGAAGUGGUUGAGGUUACUACUGACGCAGACACGGAUGAAUACAUCGAAGACUUUGUUCAACCUGCAGGGCCCUUCUUUGCUCAGACCGAGUCUGUCGGCGUCGUCGCUGUCGCAUUUGAUGGUGUUGAAACGGGUGCCCCCACCUCCAUCGAAAUUGAGAUUGACACAGAUGCCCCAACUCCUGUCCCGGAGACUGCUGCCCCCACGAUGCCCCCCACUGUUGCCGAGACCGCGACUCCAACAAUGUCACCGACUCUACCCGAAACUGCUACUCCAACCAUGUCGCCCACUGUUCCUGAGACUGCCACCCCCACCGUGUCCCCGACGUUGCCAGAGACUGCUACACCCACCAUGUCUCCGACGUUGCCAGAGACUGCCACACCCACCAUGUCUCCGACUGUGGCCACUUCUGAACCAACCAUCGCAGAGACACUCCCAGAGACUGCUGCUCCAACCGUAGUGGAGACGGAACCCGAAGAGAUUCCAGUCCCAGAAAUCCCCGAAACGGGCGCACCAACAGUUGGAGAGGCUAUUGAAACCGCAGAGCCAACUGUUAUUGAGGUGAUCACUGACAUGCCAACACUUGCAGAGAUACCAGUAGUUGAAACAGCAGAGCCAACCAUGGUUGACGUACCAGUAGUUGAAACGGAGGAACCAACUAUGGUUGACGUACCAGUAGUUGAGACAGCAGAACCAACUGUGGUUGAUGUACCUGUCGUUGAAACAGCAGAGCCAACCAUGGUUGACGUACCAGUAGUUGAGACAGCAGAACCGACCAUGGUGGACGUACCAGUAGUUGAGACAGCAGAACCAACUGCGGUUGAUGUACCUGUCGUUGAAACGGCUGAGCCGACUGCUGUGGAGGAGCUUCCUGUGGUUGAAACAGCACAGCCAACUGCCAUGGACGUGCCAGUGGUUGAAACAUCAGCGCCCACAGCGGCAGCCUCGGAUCCGGCAGUUGUCACGAGUCCCCCAACUACCGGAAGCGUGACGACGUCAAGCCCCACGAGUCCGGACGAAAGUGGCGAAGGCACUGAUGUCCCCGAAACAGCAGCUCCAACUCCUUGCCCCGGUAGAGGGGCUCGUGUCAUUGGUACUGUUCUUCUGGAACUGGAUCCGAACGCUGAACUCACGGAGCCCACGGAGGACCAGGUUGUGGAGGUGGCACAGCACAUUCUUCAAGACUUUGGAGUGCUCCUUCGAGACUUGUAUGGAUCUGGCAUCCGUGGUUUCAGUGCCACAAUUGAUGAGACGAACACUGCUCUUGACGGUAACGCCUAUCCUCUGGGAUUUGACGCCAAUAUUCUGUUUGCUCCAUGCGCUCCUCCGCCCGAUGUUGUGAAUGCCAUUUUUGAGGAGGCUGAUUACCCAGCGAUCCUUGAGAAUUUUGAGCCCACAGGUGAAGACAAUGUGUUCCAACAUUUGACGGGCGAAGCCACGUACUCUGGUGAGGCUGCCAUUGAGUUCUAGGUGUAUUUUGGUGUAGAAGAUCCCAAUAUAUUCGUGUUUCCUGUUUUCAGUAAGUCCUCGUUCCCAGCCGAAGCUCGGUUUUUCUCUUAAACAUUAAUACAAAAAACAACAGAUACUAGUACCAUGCAUGUGCAACAUAGCUUUGCUUCCGAUGUUCCACCGCGGCUUCCACUUCUCUUUCUCCGUCAAGCUGCACUCCAGCGU